AUGAAGCGAUCUACUCAUGUAGCUGGUCUCAUGGAGAUUAGUGGCAAUGGCAAGUGUAUCCUAGAGCUGCGGCAGAUAGACCCGUCCACAGUGAGUGAGUCUAGUGGUGCAGCAUCUUCCAACGAAAUGCCGGUGCCAGACUCUGCAAAACUUCUCGGUGAUGUACAGAGUGGAGUAGUGCCAGUCCAUAGUACAAAAACGAGCGUAACCAAGAAGGAUAUCCAGCACUACAUCAACUAUCUUCAGCGCGAUACAGGAAUACUUCGUGGAGCAAAUGGAGCGUGGAAUAACGCACUUCAACAACGGCUUUACACAUGGCUACUCAAGGAGAAGAAGGACUCAAAGACCAAAGCCAUCAAGGAUAAGACCCCCGAGACAAAGGACAUGGACAACAACAUCAAAGCGAUUAUGGACAAGAACCCCGACAUCGACGACAACCAGAAGGGCAAGGACGUGGACAACGACAUUGCGGACAAGAACCAUAACCAGAAGGACAAGCGCGUGGACAAAGACGUAGCGGACAAGAACCACAGCGGCAACCACAAUAAGAAUGAGAAGGAUGCGGAGGAUAAGGACGCGGAUCCCAAGGGCAACGCCAAGGACACCACCAAUGAGCACAAGGCCGAGGACGUGGAGAGCGAGGAUUCGGACUCAUCGUCAUCUUCGAGUUCCGGUGAGUCCGACCGCCCCCUUCCCGUAGUUGACACCUCCAAUUGGAAUUCCGAGUGGCACGAUACGUGGGAGCAUGCUCUCACUUUGUCCAGCCAGGUUGAUUCUGCACACAAGCGCCGUGCCAAACACAUGGUUAUCAUGCUACAUGCUCCUAUGAUGAUGGCGCAGCAAGACGACGCCGUGGAUUGUCUUGAUGACAUACUUCUCAGAGACCUGGAAGGCAAGCAAGUCGCAAAGAUUGUGAUUGACUUGGUCCAAGAUGUGUCGUGGGAAUCCGUAAAUUUCCCACAGCUGGAGGAAUGUAUGCUGCAGAAGCAGUAUGACGAACUCCCGCCUCCAUUUGGUCCCAAGGUGAUUGUCCCCAUGCCGCACAAGUUGCAGAUCGCCAUAAUGAAGACGAGCCUCACACACUGCACAGUACUCAAGUACUUUAGCUUCGAGGAGAAGAUCAGCAUACACAGGGUCAACGACAUAACUUACGGUACAUUGAAGAUGAUAGACUUCACGCCCAACUUCCGUGCCGGACCUUUGGCUAUACAACUCAUGCUGAAGCAAAUGUCGCACUGGUUUGCCCACUUCACGCAAGUGACACCAAAACUUCCCAAGGGGUCCAAGCCCAAGCAGGACCCUGACGACUUGCAGAGUGGCUUCGUGUACAUUAAGGCCAAUGGUCCCAGGACCAACGUUGGUAACCAGCAGAUCGAGUGGGCGGAAAUUGAAACCAGGCGGACAGACGGCCCACUUCAUGGUUGGCCGGCUGGGCUGGUAAAGGAAUGCCUACGAAGAAAGACGCCUCCCACGCAGGCGAUUGCCAUGGCAGUCAGUGAGUACUGCAUUCUUCGGGACAACAAGGAUGAUAGCAUCCGGCCGGGUUUCCUGCUCAUCCCUAGCUUAGCUGCGGAGAGAGUCGGGCGAAAGUACCGACCAGACAUCCUUGAUGAUCCAGACGUGAACAUGGUGCCAAUUCCCAAGUUAAAGAGCUUCCUCGACAGUUCCCUUGCAGAAUGCCACACGGCAGAGCCCCCGGAAGACAGCGGCAUCUCCACAGACUUCGACACCUUUUGCAACAUGAUCAAGCCGGCCUUUCACGAAAAAGCGAACCUGCAGGAUGUCAUGGCGUGCUUGAAGAGAGCACAUUUUGUUGUCAACAUGAAUAGGGCGACCUUCAUUCGCAAGGCCGGGACCAGCAAGGACCCGGUGAUUCGUGUGCCGUACAUGGACGGGGACUGGGUGCAAAAACGCCAAUGGUCCCACGACCUCAUGACUAUGGUCAUCGAGUCGCAAAAGAAGCCUCCCCGCACGAGAACAAUCGUCUCAUCGGAUAGCUUCGCCAAUUGUUCCAGGAUGCGCAAAAAGAUUAAGCCCUCGCUGCCGUUUUCCGGUCGUGUUUGCCCCGCCUUCAUUGCUGAGGAACAAGGACAGUCUCCAGCUGCUACAUCUUCAAACCCUGUAUCCUCACAAGCACUGACUCCAUCUUCCAAGCCGUCAGUCGCCCUGACGGAGGUCAAGGAGGAGCUGGACGAUAACAAGAACUACUUUCACAUGAUGAUUUCCAACCCGCUCUUUAACACCGUCAUCGACUUGGAUCCUACUCCACCAUCACCCCCAAUCAAGCAGCAACGCCUCUCUACAAUGGCGGAUGAAACACCAAAGAUGGCGACCAUAUGGACGUGGUAG